AUGAAAUCGGAUCCAACAAACUCGACGGUGUUUCGUUUCUUUUGCGACUGGCGUCUCGUUUCUGCGCCAAAAUAUUUUCUUGAUGAACGAAAAUCAAAAAAGAAAACUGAAUUGAGUGUUUGCGAAUAUCUAAGUCAUAAGAAUUACACUAUAUUUAUAACAUCAUCUAUUAUAAUAUUCGCUCGUUCUCGCUUUUUCACUCCGACCAUCCAUCUAUCUAUCUAUUGUAGUCUCUUCAUGUCUAUCUACCUAUCUUCUGUAAUCUCUUCAGAUCUAUCUAUCUAUCUAUCUAUCUUCUGUAAUCUCUUCAGAUCUAUCUAUCUAUCUAUCUUCUGUAAUCUCUUCAGAUCUAUCUAUCUAUCUAUCUUCUGUAAUCUCUUCAGAUCUAUCUAUCUAUCUAUCUUCUGUAAUCUCUUCAGAUCUAUCUAUCUUCUUAUCCUUAACCAACGAAGAGGCAACAUGUAA